AUGGGUUUUAGUAUUAAAAGUCACAGCAAGAGAAGUGAUAAAGAGACACAGUCAUCAAUGUUGAAAAUAAUCCAGGAUUUAAUACGAAUAGAAAAAUGUGAUCCAGAGAAAACGAAUCUGCUGAAACAGAAGGCGGAUAAGAAGAAACGUCAACAUUCUCAGAAGUCGAAGACGAAUCACAGUUCAAGCUGUUCUGAAACAUCAAAGGCAAUGCGCGACGUGGAUAAUGUGAAGGGUAUUCGGAUUGAUAAUAAAAAUAAUCUCAUCGACGAGGAGAAAGGGGAAUGGUGCUUUCGGACUGAGAAAGAAGAUCUAGAUAAGGACGAUACGUUUUCGUGCGUGUCUUGUGCGUUAAAGAAGAUCGCUGGCUCCCAAUACGCGUGCGUUCUCUGCAUUACCGCCAUCUUGCUUGUAACAGUAUUCAUUGCGUACCUAAUUCUAUUUAAGAGUACUCCAGUAUUUAACUCACAGCCGACUAGAUUCUACGACAGCGAACGACUGAAACGGAAGAUCGAUUAUCUGAAAGAUAAAAAGGGAUGGAGAUACGACAAUUUGCGAAAACCUAAAGGCGAUUCAAAACCCUCAAGCUAUGGAGGUGCUUCUGAAUCCGGAUUCGGUUCGGCAAGCUUUCGUGGUUGGAAUGAUCUAGAAGGCUUCGCGUCAAAUUCCCUAUCGAACAUUCUAGAUGAAUACAAAGUUAGCGAAAUUCAGAACAGCGAACGUCUUAAAGACUUCUACAGGAAAUUGAUGGAAACAGAAUCACAGAUACAACAACUGAAAAAAUCAAACGACAUUAACUAUAACGCUAACAUUUUGAAUGGGCAUAAUGCUGAGAGAUUUAAAAGAUCGCCCAAGCUCUUUGGAUUUUAUAACAAGCACAGUAAAGUUAAAGAUUCAAAAGAUAACGCAGGCAUCAAAAAAGCGAAAGAUACAGGCCAAGAGAAAAAUGAAAAUAUCACCGUCAAUAGUGAAGUUACAAAAGAUAAAAGAUUAAAGAAUGAUAGUGUAACUGAGCCCACUGUUUUAGAGAAUAAUAGGAAAGAAGAUUAUGUUCCAAACAGGAAGGUAGCUAAGUGCUCGCACACGCCCAAGGAAAGUGACGCCCACGAGAAAUACAAUAAACAUCCGUUUUACCAACACACGCAAAAGUUGGAAGACAUAUUGGAACAAAUAUUGGGCAAAAACUUUGAGGAUGUAUUUUCUAAUCAAAAUGUUGGCGCAUUGUUCGAAAAGCAUAAGGACAAAUGUAGACACGGUAAAGGGAAAAAUAUGGAGGACAAGCAUAAAACAAUGAAAGAAAAUACUCCAAACAAAUUGGAAAUUAAUACGGAAGACAUUAAAGAUGAAUUCACUACAGCCAAUAUAGAUGAUUUAAAAACUAACGACCCUCUAAAUUUAAGAUUUGAUCGAAAUCUUAUUCACAAUCCUAUACAUACCAGUAAAGGUAGCAGACGAUUGUUGCAAGUAAAUGACAAUGAGAACUUGGAAUAUCCGCUACUGAAAGAUACUAGCAAUGGCCAUGUUGCUAAUGCUGAAAAAUCUGCGGAUAAAGUGAAAAGGGACGAGGAUCUCCAAAACAGAAACAUCUUUCAUCCGUUAAACGUAAACAAUCCUAAUUGGAAAGGUCCCAUGCCAUUGUAUCAGGACGAAAUAAACGCGAUGGUAAAACAAGCUGCUUUGAACGCUAGGCAAACUGUUCUGACAAACAACAAUGUUGAAGUAGACGCUCCUCUUAACACUAAAGAAGUGAGACCAAAAAUAAAUGACGAAGAACGAAGCUUAAGUGACGCGGAAUAUAUAGAGGAUUACUUCAAUGACAAAUAUGAUAGCUUAGUCGGUGUUGCUCAAGCUUAUAGUGAUUAUGGAGUACUCAAUUCCAAGAAAGAGACUACUGAUAAGAACGGCGACAAGAAUUUGGACCCCAAAGUGAUGUUGCUAGAUAAAGGUUUGCUGAAACGUGGACUGUUUGGAAGAUUAGAAAAGUGUACAGAUCACCAACCGUCGGAGGGAAUCAGAAUCGAAUUCAAACCAACGUCUGAAACAAGAGAUGAUGAUCCGGCGGAAAUCUACAGGCUACUUCACAAACAUAUUCACUUUUCGAACGAAAAAGAUUUAAAAUUACCUCCUCAUUUGACAUUACCCGCUUCCGAUUUAGGGCUAAUGUAUACCCCUAUAAAAUGUGAUAAACUUGAUGAUCUGAAAAAAAAUGAUGACCAUAAAAUGCCGGAACAGGAAAAGGGUAUUAUUUUUACUUUGAGUAAUGGCGUGCGAUCUUUGAAGUCUGUAGAUGAUCUGAACUACUCUGAACCCAUGGGACAUACUGUAGAAGAAAACGGAAAUGAACAUGAUUUGAUAACUAAUUUUGAUAUAAAUAUUAAAAACGAAGAUGCUUUAAAUUACAGAACGAAGCCUUAUUUAUCUGAAAAUGAAAAAGCGGCACAUGUUGAUUUAGUGAAAAAUGAUGUUAGAUAUAAAAGAGAACUGACUAAUGAAAAUGUUGAUUUAAAUAAUAACACUAAUGCCAAAUCGAGAUUAGCUUUAAAUACAACAAAUGUAACAGAUCUGGUUAACUCUGAUGUUGACUUAAAUACUGAAAGAAAUAUCACGGUGAAUACUGUGAACGGACUUGUUAAUUCCACUGCAGGAAUGGGUCUAAGAGAUUUGUUUUCUGUGUUUUCCGAAUUCUUCAGUUUCAUGGAGAGUAUGGAUGGAAAAAAUAACCAAUCAGAAUUAAAUGGAACAAACUUGACUAUAAAAUCUACUAACGGUACAGAUGAUAAAAUGAAAAGUGACGCUUUAUAUUAUCCGACAUACGACGCGGAUAUUCUUAAGAAUAUUGGUCACCGAUCUAGAGUUUUAAUGUCGGUAAACGAAAAUAAUUUAACACGGAAUACUGACAAUGCUAUUAAUAAAACAAUUGUCAGAAAAAAAAAAAAAUUAAACGCUUCAGAUCCUAAUAUAAGCAGCGAAAAAGAAGUUACUUUAAAAAAUAACGAUUUUAAAAUUCCUAUAAAUGGAAAUAGGAGCACGGACGGUGAUAUGCGUUUAUCGCCUGAUAAAGAAAAGGACAAUAUACGCAAAAGAAGUAUAAAUGAACGUAAAAUGUAUUGGAAUGAAAUAUACGACGAUGAAUAUGGUGUUAAGGAUGAUCUUUUCGAAAAUGGCGUCAGAGACAAACAUUCGAUUGACGUUAAAAACAUUGUGAAGUCAUCAAAAGAUUGGAUAGAUGAUAAAGUACGGAAGAUCGUGAGCGGUUUUAAAGUAAGGAAACAAGAGAAUCCGAUUGGGACAGAAGACAAAGAGGCUAAGAAUUCUCAUGAGAACGUUAGAGUCAAAACAACUGUCAAGAAACACGUGAAAAGAGAUUUACAUAAAGAAGAGGUAAAUAGCUACAAGCCAGCCAGGAAAAGCUUCGACGAAUUGAAUGCCAACAUGAAAGAGGUAUGCCGAAAGGCCGCCAAAGCUGUUGAAGAGAGCAGGAAUAUACAUGUAAGAGAAAACACGAAAGAGGAUGCCGCAGCCACGUCUCUGAUGCAGCAGUUGACACGACUCAUGACGGACCUGGUGGAUUAUCAGGUGCAGCAGAGAACUUGCCAAAAACUACCACCAGAUCUUCGAAAUUUUCUGGAAUGGCUGACGUCUCCAAAUAAAGAUGCCGUUAGUUCAGAAGCCAGGAGGGGUUUCCUUAACGAAGAUACCUUGGGACUGCCAAAUAAUGAAAAUGCACAGGAAAUAUAUCCAGAUUUCAUGAUGACGUCAUCAAGUGAAAAGGAUCAAUCUGAGCAGAGAUCUGACUGCCUUGGGACUCUUCGUGCUGUACAGGAUUUGAUUAACCAGUAUGAUGGAAUGACUGACGAAGAUAAGAGCAAGAUGUCUGGCGUACGGGAAUACUUAGAAAGUCAAGUCAAUUUUCUUCAACAAAGAAUGUCUUCCUAUGCUAUCAGCAAUGUUGAUAGUCAGAGCUAUUUACGUUACAAGAGGACGAUAGGCAUGAAGCCGAAACCAAUGAAGCGUUUGAAAAAGCGGAACCUGUCCAAAUUCAUUAGGAAUUUCGGGAAAAAGCACACGAAAGCUACGACAGACUGCAACGAAGAGGCUCAGGUCACAGACCCCGCUCAACGCGUGAACGGGAAAGACGUGUCGAAGAAGUUGUCUGACAAGAAGCGAAGAACGAAAAGAAACCUCAGGGACAUUUAUUACAGGGCAUUGGCUGACGCAAAAAAGAUGACGACGGUCAGAAAAGUCCCGUACGAUGGAGAGAUCGGCCAAGUGUCGCAGUAG